GUGGCCUGGCUGGGCAUCAACAUCUUCCUCUUCACGUACUACUUUCUGCUCUUUGACCGGGAUGAGCGGUACUUCUACACCAGGGCCAUCCUCGGGUCCGCCUUGGCGUGGGCACGAGCAUCAGCCAAGUGCCUCAACUUCAACAGCAUGCUGAUCCUGCUGCCCAUCUGCCGCAACCUCCUCUCCUUCCUCCGCGGGACCUGCUCGUGCUGCAGGCGGACGCUGCGGAAGCAGCUGGACCACAAACUCACCUUCCACAAACACAACCUCACCUUCCACAAGCUGGUGGCCUACGCGCUGGCCCUGUUCACAGCUGUGCACACCAUUGCCCACCUCUUCAACCUGGAGCGCUACAACCACAGCCAGCAAGCCACCGACGGCAGCCUGGCCGCCGUCCUCUCCAAGAUGCACCUGCAGGGCAGCGACAAGUGGCUCAACCCCAUCCACUCCAACCAGACGACCGUCGAGUACGUCACCUUCACCACCAUCCCGGGGCUGACGGGGGUCAUCAUCACGCUGGCGCUCAUCCUCAUGGUCACAUCCUCCACUGAGUUCAUCCGCAGGAACUACUUUGAGGUCUUUUGGUACACGCACCACCUCUUCCUCAUCUACUUCCUCGGCCUCAUCAUCCAUGGCAUCGCCGGACUGGUGCGCGGACAGACGGAGGAGAGCAUGGAGGAGGUGCCCCCCCAUCGCUGUGCCCACUAUCUCACGCACAGGGACGAGGCCUGCAGCCACGGCUGCUGCAAAGACCCCGAGUUCGGGAGCAUCCCCGCUGAGUCCUGGAAGUGGGUUCUGGCCCCCGUCCUCCUCUAUGUCUUUGAGCGGAUCCUGCGGGUCUGGCGUGCGCAGCAGAAGGUGGUUGUCACCAAGGUGGUCAUGCACCCUGCCCGCGUGCUGGAGCUGCAGAUGCAGAAGAAGGGCUUCCGCAUGGAGGUGGGGCAGUACAUCUUCCUCAACUGCCCCGCCAUCUCCCUGCUGGAGUGGCACCCCUUCACCCUCACCUCGGCACCCGAGGAGGACUUCUUCUCCGUCCACAUCCGAGCGGCCGGCGACUGGACAGAGCAUCUCAUCGACACCUUCCAGCAGCAGAAUCCGGAGAUGCCCAGGAUCGAGGUGGAUGGCCCCUUCGGCACAGCCAGCGAAGACGUGUUCCAGUACGAGGUGGCCAUGCUGGUGGGAGCAGGCAUCGGCGUCACCCCAUUCGCCUCCAUCCUGAAAUCCAUCUGGUACAGGUUCCAGCAGGCUGACCAGACCCUGAAGACCAAGAAGAUCUACUUCUACUGGCUCUGCCGGGACACGGGAGCCUUCGCCUGGUUCAACGACCUGCUUGCCUCGCUGGAGCAGAAGAUGGCUGAGUCG